ACGGAGAGAACAAUGGAUUUGUUCUCUGCUACAAAAAUGGUAAACAAAUUCACAAAUAUUCUUUCUUUGUACCCCACGAAACAGAGUGAAAGAUAAUGGAAUCCACCUUCAAUGGAUAUAGCCCACCAAAAAACCUUUAUUUUUUUUAAUUUUUAACCUUGUUACAUUCUCUUACACCACCGCUAUUGCUAGUCCUCCCUGACAUCAUCAUUGACAUCAAAACCGUCUCUUUUAAUGCUCAUUUUGGCUUACGAAACUCAAAAAAAAUCCUUGGGCAAUGCUUUCCUCCAUAGGUUUGAGUUGGGUAAUCAUAAAUUCUCAAUUAUUAUUAAGAUCAGUGCAUGUGGCGUUCAGCGCAGUUGAGCAGGACAGUUGUGAAGCCCUGGUAGCUUGUUUGCGUCUUUGUAGGUAUAAGCUCAAUUGUUUUGGUUCCUGUUGUUGAAGAUCUCUGAGUUUUAGCAUGCCCUCUCUGUUAAAUCCAGAAAAUACAGGGGAAAUGUUCCUUAUCUCCUGAAUUGAAUGCCGAUUGGAUCCAGCCUUCCAUCACUUCUACUUCAAAUGCAGUAACAUGCUGCAGAAUUCAAGCUCAAUCUAGGACCAGAGUGUUUUAUUUUUUGUGAUAAAAAUCGAAUUUGCAUCUGCAGGCCAAUCAUGGGUACUUCGAACACAGGGUUUCUGAAUAAUGAAUUGUCUAAGAAGACUAUGAUUUUGGGUCUAAGAUUGUGGGUUGUUAUAGGGAUUGGGGUAGGAGCAUUCAUAGUUCUGAUACUAUGUUGUCUGUCAAUAUGGUUAACUUCGCGGAGGAAAUCCAGGAGAAUGCCAGAGAAGUAUCCAUCAAGGGCAAUGAUACCAAAGGUGUCAAAGGAAAUUCAGGAGGUUAGGGUUGAUGCAUUGCAGAGCAGUCAUCACCAUCACAAUGGCACUACAAAUGCAAAGGAUGACAUGGAGAAAGCCAUGGUAGUGCAUAUGGGGUAUGGACAGCGUGCUAAUCCUAUCUAUGACACACAGAGAGUGAAUAAUACUAGGGCUGCUAAUAGAAAGCAUUCCACACUAGGGGAUGAAAUUGUGGGCAGGGCUCAACAUCGCCACCAUGCCAGGGCAGGUGCAGGUCCCGCAGAGGAAAGACAUGAAAUAUGUGUCGAAGUGGGCAAAGAUCACAGGAUUAUUAAUCCCCCUGAGAAGCCUUCUUCCCAUGGCAGUGGUGAAACUCGCUCCUCUGAAACAUUAUCUCCUGCUGUACCGGAAGUCUCUCAUCUGGGUUGGGGUCAUUGGUACACUCUCAGAGAACUUGAGAUUGCAACCAAUUGCUUGUCAGAUGACAGUGUUAUUGGUGAGGGUGGGUAUGGGAUUGUCUAUCGUGGCGUGUUAGCAGAUGGUACAUGUGUUGCAGUGAAGAACUUGCUCAACAACAGGGGUCAAGCUGAAAAGGAGUUUAGAGUUGAGGUUGAAGCAAUUGGACGUGUCAGGCACAAAAAUUUGGUGCGGCUGCUUGGUUACUGUGCAGAAGGAGCAUACAGGAUGCUUGUCUAUGAGUUUGUAGACAACGGUAAUUUAGAACAAUGGCUUCAUGGAGAUGUUGGGCCAUACAGUCCUUUGACAUGGGAUAUCAGGAUGAAGAUCAUUCUUGGAACAGCAAAAGGGUUAGCAUAUCUGCAUGAAGGCCUAGAACCAAAGGUUGUUCAUCGUGAUGUGAAAUCAAGUAACAUACUUCUGGAUAGGCAAUGGAAUUCCAAGGUGUCAGACUUUGGAUUGGCUAAACUCUUGGGAUCUGAGAGAAGCUAUGUCACUACCCGAGUGAUGGGAACUUUUGGAUAUGUAGCGCCUGAGUAUGCCAGCACUGGUAUGCUUAAUGAGAGGAGUGAUGUUUACAGUUUUGGAGUACUUAUCAUGGAGAUAAUUACUGGCAGAAAUCCAGUUGAUUAUGGCAGGCCUCCAGACGAGAUCAAUUUGGUGGACUGGUUGAAGACUAUGGUGGGAAAUCGACGCUCCGAUGAAGUAAUAGAUCCAAAAAUGGAAGUGAAGCCAUCCUCACGGGCUUUGAAACGUGGCUUGUUGGUUGCUCUUCGUUGUGUUGAUCCAGAUUCUCAAAAGAGACCAAAGAUGGGUCAUGUAAUACACAUGCUUGAAGCAGAUGAAUACCCUUUUCGUGAUGAUCGUCGAGUGGGACGAGAGGCUGCUCGAGUUCGCCGUGAGGAUAUCCAACAAGACAGAAAUCUGAAGCCAGGUGACAAGCACAUUAUGGAGAUGGAUGACAACAGCGAUCAGGAAACCGGCACUGGUAGCAAUGCUGAUCAUAGAACAAGGUGGAGAAGAUAUGAAGGAUAGAGAAAGCAGAAACUCAGUGCUAAGAGUGCACACUAGGUGGUGCAUUUUUGCAGAGCUUUUUUUUGCAAGGCAAGUUGUGGGGUAUACAAAUAUUAUGGAAAAGAAGAGAAUUUGCCAACAGCACAUUUCUGGCAUAGUGGAUAAAAAAGUAGGAGCUCAGUCUUGAGAUUAUUUGCAUUUUUAGCUCUUUUAUAUUUAUUUAUUAAGCACACAGGGGAGUGUGCCACUGAUAAUGAAAAGAGCCAUUUAGUUUGUAUUUUUAUUUUCUUUUGUUGAUUUCUUGUUUACAAGAGAACUUGUAACAUAAAGGGGGCCGAUGUAUUUAUUUAAAGGCUUAGAGGUGAAAUAUAGUUUUUGUUUUCUGGCGAGAUUUUCAAAUCCAUGCUAUUACUCAUUAUUAGGCAACCAACUCUCCUUGAUUCCAGGUUCUGUUCGAUCUGCCUUGAACUUUCCUCUUUGCAUGCUACUUUUGUAUAUGUGUAAUUUCAGAGAUUGUCAGAAAAUAUUUUAUGGAAGAGGCACUCAACCAAAUUCCCAGUAGUUUAAAUUGCGCAUGAGAUGUCAUACUGCCUGGGACACAAUUCAAUUCAACAGGCUGAAUUCUAAUAUUUCUUCCACUGCCAUCUCCAGCAUUUGUAUUUUGAACAUACGAGAAAUAAGAGAAAUCAUGAACUAAAUUCCAUUUG